AAGACGUCCUCUCUGUGGGACAAUUUGUUUACAUCAUGGCGGCGGUGGAUUUCAGAGACAACCUUCUGGGGAUAUCCUGGGUGGACAGCGGCUGGGUGCCGAUUCUGAACCCUGGAAAUGUAUUGGAUUACUUCUCUGAGAGAAGUAACCCCUUCUAUGACCGAACCUGCAAUAAUGAGGUAGUGAAGAUGCAGCGGCUCACCCUGGAACAUCUGAAUCAGAUGGUGGGAGUGGAGUACAUCCUUCUUCAUGCUCAGGAGCCCAUUCUUUAUAUAAUCAGGAAACAACAGAGGCAGUCACCAACACAAGUGAUUCCCUUGGCCGACUACUACAUCAUAGCAGGAGUGGUGUAUCAGGCCCCAGACCUGGGAACAGUUAUCAGCUCCAGAGCGCUUUCUGCUGUCCAUGGAAUCCAGUCUGCUUUUGAUGAGGCCAUGUCUUACUGCCGCUAUCACCCAUCUAAAGGAUACUGGUGGCACUUCAAGGACCAGGAGGAGAGAGAAAAAGCCAAACCCAAGUCGAAGAAAAAAGAGGAACCGAGUUCACUGUUUCAGAGGCACCGUGUCGACACACUCCUUUUGGACCUCAGGUCAAAGUUUCCACCAACGUUUUACCAGCCUAAGCCUGGCGAGAAGCCUAUUCCAGUUGAGGUGAAGAAAGAGCCUGAACCUCCUGCAGAGGCUGUCAAACAGGAGGAAAGGGAACCAGCCACAAAGUCCUCCGCCCCGGCUCCACCAAGCAAACCGCCUCCUGAGAAGAGAGCAAGGUUACAGUGAUAGUCGUCCUCCACAUGGCGAGGAAACGUAACGUCCUACAGCACCGACUGAAAGAACAGCUUUGGAGUAUUUUUAUUCCUUCCCCAAAUUUGCAACAUCGUCCGCCACUCUGCUCAUUUGAUCAGUUUACAGGAAGCUAAGAAUGAACUGGCACACAAAGUGUCAGUGGUUUGUCUCAGUGCCAGGACUCCUUUUACACUGUAACCUUAGUCUUGCACAUGUAAUGGGUUUGGCAUCAUGGACGCUUCAGGCAGCUGUGGGACCAGCAGGGGUUAACGGCCUGAUGUCAGCAGGCAUUUAGCAGUAUUCUCACUAAGGAUGAGGUCUUUUUUCUCGAUGAUAAGCUGACAUCAGCAUCAGUGUCGGUUUACUGUUGACAUCAGCGUAAUAUUUGUGUUGUAGUGACUUCACAGGACAGUUUAAUUCCUGGUCUGCCUGACAGGGUGAUGUGUCGUAAUGCAUCAUCUCAUCUGAAGAGCAAAAAGCUUUUUGACACGAGCACCUCUCUUUGAUUACAAACACUUUGAUCUGUUUUUUGUAAGGAAUACUUUUGUGUGUUUUGUAUUAAAAUGUAUCAGAGACUGUU